AUGGCUAUUGAGCAAGAAGGCUUAGGAGUGCAAGCACAUUUCACUGGAGACGGACGCAUAGCCAUCGAUCUCGACCGGCAAUCAACGAUAUUCUCUCCGUCACUCAAAAAACAACUCCACGAACAAACCAAAGAUGUUGUGACAGAGGACUCGAAACCUACGUAUGAAGGACACUCAGAAGAUCGCUCUAUCCUCACAACUCAAGCCUCAGCAUCGCAACAACCACCCUCUCGUCUCAACAUCGUCAUGCACGCAGUUGGCUCUCGUGGCGAUGUCCAACCUUUCGUAGCACUCGGGCUAGUCCUGAAAUCCACCUACAACCACCGCGUCCGUAUCGCCACCCACCCCAUUUUCAAAUCAUUUGUCGAGGAAACCGGCCUAGAAUUUUUCAGCAUAGGUGGCGAUCCACAUGAACUAAUGGCGUUCAUGGUUCGUAGUCCUGGGUUGUUGCCGAGUUUGGAUGCUCUGAGAGGAGGGGAUGUGGCGAGACAGCGGAAGAUGGUGGCGAGCAUGAUGGAGGGAUGUUGGAGGGCUUGUAUUGAGGAUGGGGAUGGAAUGUGUGAUUUAAUGGGGGAGAAGAGGAUUGUUAAGGGGACACCAUUUGUGGCGGAUGUGAUCGUUGCGAAUCCGCCAAGCUUUGCACAUGUGCAUUGCGGGCAAAAGCUCGGUGUACCCGUGCAUUUGAUGUUCACGAUGCCAUGGUCAGCAACUCAAGCUUUCCCUCACCCGCUAGCAAAUAUCAGACCUUCGACUGAAGAUUUCGGCCUGCCGCGAGACUGGGCAUCACAUAUCUCUGUUGCAGGGUUCUACUUCCUCAAUCGAACGACAGAAUACGCCCCUGACCGAGCUCUUGCCGAGUUCCUUCAAGCUGGGACAGUUCCCAUAUAUGUAGGCUUUGGCUCAAUUGUCAUUGACAAUCCAGAAGCUUUGACCAAGACGAUAUUCGACGCAAUAGAGCUAGCUGGCGUGAGAGCAGUGGUAUCCAAAGGUUGGGGCGGCCUCGGUUCACGACAGCUUCCAAGCAACGUCUUUCUUAUUGGAGAUAUACCCCACGACUGGCUCUUCCGCCGUAUCUCAGCCGUCGUCCACCAUGGUGGAGCAGGUACUACAGCAGCGGCGAUUUCGGCUGGGAAGCCGAGUGUUAUUGUGCCUUUCUUUGGAGAUCAAUUCUUUUGGGGAGCGACGGUUCAUAGAGCUGGUGUAGGCGCAAAGUCAAUCCCGGGAAAAGAUCUCACUGUCAGCUCUCUUGCUAUGGCUAUCAUUGAGGUAGUGCAACCAGCUGUGCUAGAUCGAGCGGACAUAUUAGGCAGGUGUAUGGAAGCCGAGAAUGGAACAGACGCUGGCUGUUUGAGACUGCAUCAGCAGACGGAGACGCAGUGCCUGAAAUGCUGGAUUGCUCCGCGGCGAGUAGCUGUAUGGAAAGUCAGGAAAAAUGGGAUAUGUUUGAGUGCAUUCGCAGCUACUGUUCUUCUCAACGCCCGCAUUUUGCGCGUGCAAGACUUGAAGUUGUGA